AUGGAGUAUUUAGGAAUAGUUUUAGUUUUAGCUGCAAUUUCAUUUCAAGGUGAGGCAUUGAAGUGUUAUCAGUGCAACUCGAACAACUCGAACAACUCGGUAUCUGCACAAUGUUUAGAAUUUGAGAGUUCUUCAUGGACAUCUUUAUCAAAACCGUGCUUAUCAACAGAAAGUUCAUGUGUUUCAUUAGUUAAUGUUAAUGGAACAACUGUUCGUGGCUGCCUUGAUACAGUUUUGAAGGAGCAUAAACUAGAUAAAUGCGAAGGAGCAAAUUGUUUGAAGUGCCAAGGUGAUAAUUGCAAUACGGACAAUGUUCCAGAAAAUAGACCAAAAUGUUAUCAAUGUGAUGAAGAAACUCCAAAUUGUAAAGCAAAAGUUGUUUUUUUGCUGUCUAAACCAUGCUUAAUUUACGACAAGGAUCAAUCGUGCUACACAAGUGUUUCAAAAGAUGGUUUGAAAGUAAAACGGGGUUGCACAAACGACAAAGAUAGUGUACACCAAAAUAAAGAGUAUUUAACGAAAGUAUGUAAAACUUCAGCAGAUGGAACAGGUUGUAAUACAAUAAACGCCGUAAAAUCGAUCACAUGCCAUAAAUGCACAGAAAAGAAUGAAGUUUGCAAAUGGACUAUGAGAAACAGUAUAUUACAUCAAUGUAAGACUAAUUCAUUGUUGGAAACUCCCUCAUGUUACACGUUUGUUAAUGGUACAAGUAUUUCCAGAGGUUGUUUAAAAGAUUUGGACUCAGGCAAUCCUGUACUAAAGGCUUGUGAAGAUUCUAAUAGCAAACUAUGCAAAACAUGUGCUGGAGAAAACUGCAAUAAGGACAAAACCACGUCUCAUGAAUGCUUCAAGUGUGAGUCUGCAACUUGCCAUGAUAUUUCAAAAUUGACAGCAGCAAAAUGUGUUAAACCUGAACAAUAUAAAGAAGAUGCCGGCUGCUACACUUUACAACAAUCCGAUAAAGUAUUAAGAGGAUGCUCUAUGGACAUGACGGAUAGUUUGAAAACAAAAUGUGACAAAUACGGUGGUUUCUGUAAGAAAUGCGAUACAGACCAAUGUAACAAAGAAAAAAUUGUCCCAAACAAAGAACCAGUAAAACAAUGCUACACUUGCGAUUCCUCAAAGGAUGGAAUUAAAUGUGUGGAUUCGGAUCUAUCAGUUGAUGCCACGUGGUGGAAGGGAGUUUUGAAAACAUGUUCUUUCAUAAACGAAACGACAUGCGUUUCAUUGAUGAAUGGUGGAAAGACUAUUCGUGGAUGUCUAUCUGAUGUUCUGGAGAAUAACGGCUUAAAAGAAUGCAAAGGCGAAAAUUGCAUAUCUUGUACAUGUUCAGCAUGCAAUAAUGUGGUUGUUCCUGAAAAUCGACCUGAAUGUCAUCAAUGCGACAGCCUGAAGGAUCCUAGUUGCGGCAACGAUAUAACCGGUGUACAACCAAAGUCUUGCUUGGUGUACGAGAAACAACCAUCAUGUUAUACCAGCGUAGCCAAAGAAGGUUCUCAAGUUAGACGUGGUUGCACAAAUGAUCCGGACAGUGUGCACCAAAACACAACCUUUGUAUCCUUGGAAUGCAAAGAAUCUAGUUGCAAUGGUAAGGUACCUGUGACAUGUAAUGUCUGCACUGAGGGCGAUGAAUUGUGCCAGUGGUCAAUGAAAGAAAAGUAUCCUAAUUUAGCAUUAUGUAAAGAUACAACAGAAUUCGAUGAAGUUUGCUACUCUUACACUAAAGGAACCAAAGUCGCAAGAGGAUGUUUAGCAGAUUUAUCCGUAUCCAAGGCCAACGAAGUAUAUGAUGCUUGCAAGUCGGACAGUAAAGCCUGCAAAAAAUGUACCGGCGAUAGAUGUAAUAAGGAAAAACUCACAGCUCAUGAGUGCUAUGUAUGCGACGAUUUAGAAACUUGCCAUGACGUAUCAAAAUUGCAAACAAGCAAAUGUGUUAAAGAAGUUCAAUACAAGGAAGAUGCAGGAUGCUUUUCUUUACAACAAGUAAAUAAAACCACACGAGGCUGCACGAUGGAUAUGAGCAAGAACAUUGUAGACAAAUGCACAAAUUUUGGUAAAUAUUGCAGUAAGUGCACCUCAGAUAAAUGUAACAAAGAUGCACUUAAACCUAAUACCGGUAAUGGAUUCAAAUGCAAUACAUGCGAUUCUGAUAAAGAUGGAAUUGAGUGUGUACAGGGCGAUGAGAAAUACCUAAACUCAAAAUCGAGUGGAUGUGAAUAUAUUGAUGAAGAUUCAUGUAUUUCCAAAGUGGAUGGAGCAAAGACAAUUCGCGGUUGUGCCUCCAGUUUGAAUUUGAAAGGUUGUACAGAACCAAAUUGUUUGAAGUGCAAAGGAAAAGAUUGCAACAAAGGAUUAGUGCCUGCGAAGAGGCCCCUGUGCCAUCAUUGCGACUCCGACACCAACGACGAAUGCGGAAAAGAAAUUGCUGAAAAUGGAGCAAAACCGACUGUUUGUCUGAAUUUCAAUUUCCGUGAAUUAUGCUACACAAGUGUAUCCAUAAGCAGCGAUCAGAACUUGCUGAACGGCGCUGCUACAAGCUGUGUUGAUCAUUUGACUUAUUUAGCUUCGUGA